AUGACCCGAAAUGCUGAAAAGGUUUCAAUUAUGAUUGAAAGGCAAAAUUUUGCGGAGCUUUUGAGAAAAUGUUCGAAGAAUGUGCAAUUUUGUCAAGGAAUGCAAGUUCAUGCAAGUGUUGUGAGAAGGGGUUAUGGGCUGGACAUGAUGAUAAACAAUGAUCUUAUAGAUAUGUAUGGAAAAUGUGGAAGAAUGGACAAGGCUUGUGCUGUGUUUGAUAGAAUGCUUGAGAGAAAUGUUGUUUCUUGGACCGCUCUAAUGUGUGGAUACUUACAAGAGGGUAAUGCAAAAGGUCCUUUGUUGCUUUUACGUCGAAUGGGUUCUUCUGGGGUUAAGCCUAAUGAGUUCACAUUUUCGACAAAUUUUAAGGCAUGCGGGUUUUUGGGUGUUGCUGAAAAUGGGAUGCAGAUUCAUAGUUUGUGCAGUAAAAGUGGGUUUGGAUGGUAUCCUGUGGUGGUUAAUUCUAUUAUAGAUAUGUAUUCUAGAUGUGGAAGCAUAAAUGAAGCAGGACGGAUGUUUGAUAAAAUGCCGAUUAGAAGUCUGAUAAGUUGGAAUGCAAUGAUAGCAGGAUUUGCCCUUGCAGGGAUGGGCGACAAAUCUUUAUUUCUGUUUAAAGAAAUGCGACUGCACGGAGAAACGCCUGAUGAGUAUACAUUUACAAGCACUUUGAAAGCUUGUGGUGGACUUGGAGCUAUUCGAGGAGGAACUCAGAUUCAUGCUUUUUUGGUUACAACAGGGUUCCCUAUUUCGGUUAAGACAAUUAUUGUAGGUGCCCUUGUUGAUCUGUAUGUGAAAUGCGGGUACUUGUUUGAAGCAAAGAAAGUGUUUAAUCAAGUUGAACAGAGGAGUGUUAUAUCUUGGACUGCUCUAAUUAUAGGUUUUGCUCAAGAAGAAAACCUCGCAGAGGCCAUGGACUUGUUUAGGCAGCUUAGGAACAGUAGCAUCCGAGUAGAUGGGUUUGUUCUCUCAAGCAUGAUGGGGGUAUUUGCUGAUUUUGCUCUUGUAGAGCAAGGUAAGCAAUUGCAUUCUUAUGCCACUAAAAUUCCAUAUGGUCUAGACAUCUCAGUAACUAAUUCGACUGUAGAUCUGUACCUCAAGUGUGGGUUAACAGAGGAAGCAGAAAGACUUUUUGGUGAAAUGCCAAGGAGGAAUGUGGUUUCUUGGACAGUUAUGAUUACUGGGUAUGGGAAACAUGGUCUUGGCAAAGAAGCAAUUCACCUCUUCAACAAAAUGCGGUUAGAUGAUAUUGAGCCGGACGGAGUGACGUAUUUGGCUGUACUCUCAGCUUGUAGUCAUUCAGGCCUUAUUGAAGAAAGUCAAGAGUACUUCGCAAGAUUAUGCAUGGACCACCAAAUUAAACCUAGAGUAGAGCACUACGCUUGCAUGGUUGAUAUUCUUGGUCGAGCUGGACGUUUAAGAGAAGCUAAGAAUCUUAUAGAGAACAUGCGACUAAAACCGAAUAUAGGGAUAUGGCAGACAUUGCUUAGUGCUUGUAGAGUGCAUAGAGAUGUAGAAACGGGAAGAGCAGUAGGGGAGAUUCUCUUGACACUGGAUGGUAACAACCCAGUCAAUUACGUUAUGUUAUCAAAUAUAUAUGCUGAUGCUUGCUAUUGGAAAGAGUGUGAGAGAUUGAGACUGUUGGUGAAGGCAAAGGGAUUGAAGAAAGUAGCAGGACGUAGUUGGGUUGAGAUUGAUAAGAAGGUUCACUUUUUCUACAAUGCAGAUGACACACAUCCACUUACAGAAAGUAUCCAUGAAAUUUUGAAAGAAAUGGAGAGAAGAAUUAAAGAAGAAGUGGGUUAUGCUUAUGAAGUGAGGUUUGCAUUGCAUGACGUGGAAGACGAGUCAAAGGAGGAGAGCUUGAGAGUUCACAGUGAAAAGUUGGCAAUUGGGUUGGCAUUACUUUGUGGUGGACUGGAAAAAGAGGGAAUGCCUAUUCGGAUUUUCAAAAACUUGAGAGUUUGUGGUGAUUGUCACGAAUUCAUCAAGGGUUUGUCAAAGGUUUUGAAGGUGGUCUUUCUGGUAAGAGAUGCUAACAGAAGAGUGGGUUUUACUGCACAGAGGACGGAUGAGAUUGCAGUUAAAAGGGCAGCAUCGGUAGAAGGCCUAAAGCUUGAGAGGGGAACGAAGAGGACAGAGAGGCAUGUUGAACAGAGAGACCAAGCUGAAGCUAAUGCUGAAUUAAGCGCAUAGAAGGAAUUUGAACUCAGGGAAGGUAACCCUCAAGUCUCAACCAUCACCUAAUUCAUGAAUCCAUUUUUGGGUGGCUUCAGGGCCAAGUGGUAUGGUAGAAGUAAAGAUCCAACUGUGAGAUUGAGUAUCCUUAAAACAUGUCGCAGUUGAUUGCCCAUGUUGAUGAUCCCUCCUACUGAUGAUAACAGUAAAGAAAAACAAAGGUUAUAUAGUG